GAAAGAAAGCCUAGAAGAACGAUUUUCAAGGUUGACAUUAGGAGACGCAGGCUAGUUUUAUUUGUUUACACCUUAUUUGUGUUAGUUCAGCUGGGUCUCCUAUGCUAUGUUACAUACAAGGUGGAGUCAUUAAGUGCUCAUGGUUCGCAAAGUAAUUCUGCAAAUGACGAUCCAACUGCUGCUUAUCUAGCCGAUCCAGAUGAAGGGGAAACCAAAAUGGAGAAUAUGUCAGAUAUGCAAAAGUUUUUCUUCAAUCAAGGGAUAAUGAUUGAUCAUAAGAUAAGAGAUUGCACUGGUAUAGAGGCAAAAGUGUCGUUCCCUAACAUUGAUUAUGCCUUCUUUGGAUAUGACAUUUAUCGGGGCUUUCCGCUGGCAGAUUCACGUGACCCAGGGUUUACUCAUCCUAUUUUCAAAUCUGACUAUUCUAAUAUGCAGCAAACGGCAGACUGUAGAUUUGCUUUACCUAAUGGAUAUAUCGCAGUUGCGAGUGUCUCCUGUGUUACCUCGUUUUCCUCAACCGUGCUGGAAACUAAGAACGAAUUACAAGAUGUUUUAUCGACAAUGGCAGAAGUUAGUGUAGGUUAUAAGGCUUUUGCGUUUUCUUCUAGUUUCGGAUAUAGAAAAAUGACCUCUACAUUGGACAGAAAGAAGUCCGUUUACAUAAUAUCUUCGGCUACUUGUGACUAUUACUUUGUGAAGCUGCGCAAACAAAUGCCACCAUCAUUUGAUGAUGAUUUCCUUAUUUGGCUGAGCAAACUUGAUGCAUCUGACUCUAAUACAACAUACAUUGAGUUUAUGGACAGGUUCGGUACACACUUUUUAUCAGAGGUCACGUUUGGUGCCAGAUUUUCCAAUGAGUAUGAAAUGUCUUUAAGCGACUACCAAUCUAUUAAGGAGUCUGGAUAUAGUGCUAGUGCUCGUGCAUCUUUUACUGGUAAGGUAAGUAUUGGUGCUGGGUUUAGUUUAGAAACAAGUCAGCGACAAGCGGCACAAGAGUUCUCGGAGAGAGUAGAGACCCACACCAAAACUGUUGGAGCAGCCCCGCCUUCAAAUGGAGACGCGCUAACAUGGGCUUCUGAGGUGAAAGAUAACCCUGUCCCUUCUAAACUUACUUUAAAAAAUAUUGAGGAUCUGUUUGUACCAGAAUAUGUUGCUUCACUUGGAAUUGAUUAUGAAACAAUUCGGUUUAACAUCAUUAAGUAUAAGGAGGAUUACAGACGAUACAGAGCAGAAAACAACCCAGAGCUUUCAUUUCCUGAUCCAUAUAAUAAAACAGUGAUGUGGAACGUGAAGAAGACUCUGAGAGUACUAGGCGGGUUUCAGGGUCAAUGGGGUCAUAUUGAAUUCUGCCCAGACAGACAAUAUGCCAUAGGUUAUAAUCUUAAAAUCGAACCAUAUCAAGGCAGUGCAGAUGACACUGGACUUAAUGCUAUAAGAUUGAUCUGUGCCGACAGGUUUGGAAAACCCACCGGAAAGACAAUUACGUCGUGGGAGAGCAAAUGGGGCUCCUACAGAACAGAUAAAUUGUGUCCUAAAGCAGGACAAACUGCCACUUUCCUAACUCGAUUUCGUCUGCAAAUGCAUGAUUAUUUUCAUAUUGGCGCAUCGUUUGCCACAUUUAAAUGUCAAGAUAUCUUGAAAACCACCAACGAGAUACCGCUAGUGAUAUUUCCUGGUUAUGGUGAGCCUUGGGGGACAUAUUGGGAGGAGAGUGAAAGUUGCCCGUCUGGAUCGGCUAUAUGUGGUAUGAGGACGAAAGUAGAAGAGCCACAAGGUAAAAAUGAUGACAGUGCAUUGAAUAAUGUAAAAUUCUACUGCUGUGCUCUCGACAUUACAAAAUAAGGAGGAUGUUUCAUAAGAACAGAAGUUCCUAUACGACUACAUACAAUAAACAGCUGUUGUGAUAUGAUUAAAAAAGAACUUUUUUAUGAUAAACACAACAUAAUUGAUGCUAGAUGAUACGUGUAAAUACAAUUUUAAACUUAUCUAGACAUUUUAAUUUGUAGAAACUGUCUUACUUCAUUAUUCUUGUUUACUUCUAUGUUAUGUUAUUCAAUUAUCUUUGUUUAUCUUUCAUUUAACAUUUAGCACACAUACCUUUCUUGGUUGGAAACACUGUAAAUCAUAUGCUAUCUUUCCAGGAACAUUCUUUUCAGAAAGAGGAGAUUGCUUUUUAUAUACCCGAAAGAAUUUCGGACAUAUUAUGUUAUACCAUCUGGCGUCCGCCGUCCGUCUGUCUGUCUGUCCGUUAGCAAUUUGAUUUCCGGAGCAUAACUUAAGUUCCAUUUGGCCCACAAUAUUCAAACUUCAUAUGAUGAUUGUCCAUAUUGAGAAGAAGACCCCUACUGAUUUUUGGGUCAUAAGGUCAAAGUCAUUAUUACCUUAAAACUAAAAAAAAAACAUUUUCCUCUCAAUAACAUAAGUAUUAAUAACCUACAACUGUACAAUUUUUUAGGAUGAACAGCCAUGUCCAAUACAUGACCCCUAUUGAUUUUAGGGUCAUAAGGUCAAAGGUCAGGGUCACACUGAUCUUUACAUUGAAAAUUAUGGUUUCUGGAGCAUAACUUAAGUUCCAUUUGGCCUACAGUUUUCAAACUUCAUAGGAUGAUUGUCAAUAUUGAGUAGAAGACUCCUAUACAUUUUGGGUCACAAGGUCAAAGGUCACUAUUACCUUGAAACUGAAAACGGUUUGUAUUUUGUUCUAUAUGUAUUAUAUUUAUAGGAUAUAUUAAUCUUGUUAUCUUUAAAGACCGUUUUAUUCAGAAUUUAAUUAUCAUCGAAACUACGCCCACAAUUGGUUUCUGUACUUCCUGAGUACUAGAAAUAUUUCACCCCGUGACACAUGUAUUAUUAAUACAUUGUAUAUCUUUAAAUAUAUAAUUGUUGAAGUAACGCGAUAAUUAAAUACAAACUAAAAAGAAAUUAAAGAAAAUGAAAUGAAAAAAGUAAAGGCUAUAAAUUUGUGAUUUUCCAAUCAUAUACUAAAAUUAGAAGCAUUUGAUGUGUUAAAAUGUAUAUUUUAAAAGUAUCAUUUGUUUUAUUUGUUCUAAUGGUUUGUGUCAUAUGGCUUUAAUAAUUUGAGCCGCGUCAUGACAAAACCAACAUAAUGGGUUUGCGACCAGCAUAGAUCCAGACCAGCCUGCGCAUCCGCGCAUCCAUGCUGUUCGCUUACAAACCCUAUUUCAAGUAGAGAAACUAAUAGCGAACAGCAUCCUGAUUAUACUGCGCGGAUGUAUGUUAUGUAUUUGAAUGUAGAAUUUCUAAAACAAAUUGUAAAUGUUAAAAUAAUAGCAAUUCAAGAAUUGCAUCCACGUCAUCUUGCUAUGUUAUAAGUAAUUUACACACACAUGAACAUGUAUUAUAUCAUGAAAGCGUUUGAGAGUUAAUUGCCGAAGUUUCUAUUCUAAAGAAUAAUAAAUAUGAAGAAACAUAAAAAAGCGCAAAAAUAUACUUAAGUUUUAGUUUCAGUUUUUCUUAAACUGAAGCAUGUAAUAUGCAACUGGUUAUAAUAAGCUUUAUACGAAAUCUCGUAUUUCAUAAAUGCAGUUUAUUAGAAAGACAGACAACCCUGGUAUGUCAUUAAGUUUUCAUAUUUUAUACUAUUCAUCUCCCUUCAAAAGUCAGGUGUCAUCUUUUGUUUUGAGUUUAUUUCCAUCACUAAGUUUAGUUUAAAAACUUAAAAACUGUGAAACCAUGUUUAAGAUUGUUUGUGAAUAUCAUGUUUAUGUUCACGUCAUAUUCAAAGUUUUGAAAUGCUUAUUUAUAAGCAGUCAUUCAUGAUUUUCUCUUUUUCCAUCCGAUGCAAAAGUUUUUUGUAGAACAAAAUGGCUACCAUAAUGCAAUAAUCUGGCAUACCGUUAUUCAAUUUUCUUUGUUUCGAAUGACAUUUUUUAUGUAUAAUUGCUAUUUUGAUAAACAUAUUAAGCUUCUGAUAUCCGGAGCAAUUGAAUUUAUGUCACUUCCGACUGUCCGAAGUAAAAUCAGCCAUAUGGGCUUUAGCCAUAUAAUAUUUUAAUUUAUAUACAUGUAAUUGUCAAUUUUUUCAAUUAUCUGGAAUAUUUAAUGUUAUUACACACCCGUAGACAAAAAAACUGCCUAAUUAACCCCAGUAAAACGUUAUCAAUCCUAGAAAGGGUUGUUUUUUAUUUUUCCCUCUGCUAAUAACCCACUUAUGAACAGAAAAUAACAGUAUGAUAUCAAUAAAAGAAUACAAUUAUGAGUAGCUAAAAAUCAAAAAUAGGAGAUCAUAUUGUUUAUUUGAACUACUGGAUUCAAUACAACAUGUAUUUUACAUUGUAACAAAUAGGAAUGGAGAAUGAGAAGUAUUAAUUAUCUAUUUUUCUAACAUAAUGUUUUAACAAAAUAAAGAUAGUUUUAGUGUAUUUUUAUGACAACUAUUCAUUAAUCUGUCAAGUUUAAAAAUAUUGGGAUGAAUAUGAAACUGGGAAGAAGAGAUUUACGUCUAAUGUCAUUAAAGUACGACCAUUCAAUUUAUCACCAAUAGCUUGAUACGAACAUCAGGAACAGAACUUAUUAUUAUGAGAAAUCGUCAAAUGUCUGCCUUUUUCAAUUGGUAAUAGGUGAUUCAUUGUUCUAAAUUUACAUAAAUAUUUACCUAUUAUUAUUAGUUUAUUCCAGUCUCUUUCAUAUGCAUACCUAUAUACAUAAAACAUAUAAAAAUUGAUAAAAAAGUACGUAUGACUAUUCUACAAUAGAAUUAUAAGAUACUUUAUCAUGUAUAUACUAAAAGUAUCAUUAUACGUAUACCAAUGAUACUAAGUUCCUACUGAUAGCAGUAAUGUAACAUUAUAAGAACAUUUUACAUCAUAAAAGUUAGACUACCCCCACUGACCUUCAAUUUAAAAAAAAGAAAUGCCAUAAGAUAUUAUGAUAAUAAAUCUCUGAGUGUUGUAAAAUGUGGCAUUAUUCCACAAAUUAAUUAAAUAUAUCACCCGUGGUCAGACCAUGGAUGAAUGGUCAGUGGUGAUAUUCUACGCGUUAGUAGAUAAAACAACUUAUCAUGUUUAAAAAAGAUAUGUUACAUUUGUACAAUACAAUUUACUAUAAGCACCAGAUAAUCUAAAAAAACUGUUAAAAGACUAUAUUAAAAUUAAUUUAAAAAAAAGAAACAAAAAAAGCCCUAAGUGGUCUGAAAAUCCUUGAAUUACUUGUACAAUAAUUAUAUUAUAGCGGAGUUGAAGAAAAUUGUAACAGGUUUUGGCUGUGACUUUAACAAUAUCAUUGUUGGAGAGAAUGAAUACAAUUGUAUCUUCAUCAAAGAGGUCAAACAAAUUCUGGCCUUAAGUUACGAUCUUUUUCUAACAUAGGUAACCUAAUGCAUAACACAAUAAUAAUACAUGUGUUUCACAUUCAACUGUAAUUUUACAUAUUGGACAUAUCCUACUGUCAACAGCAAUGUUUUCAUAUCUACCAUGCAGUUUCAAGCUUUAUGGGAGCUACUCCACAUCUAAAUUUCGCUAGUGCAGACACGUGUUUACGUGGCAAAUAUAGUUUACAAUAAUGUUCAGUUUUGUACACAUUAUUAACAACUUAUAUGUUCUUAAUUUAUUACCACCAUUCCCAUUUAGACUAACAUUCCUUUUAAGCUUAGCUAUCCAUUCAUCUUUAUAUAAAGACAUACAAUUUUAACAUUUUUUUUUCACAAAAAGACUAAGAUGAGGCUGUUAGACAACCACGUGCAUACUCUACUAAAUUUAACUUUUCCAUAUGAUUAUUAAAUAUAAUUUGCCAGUGCUGCUCUUGCUCAAACAAGUAGAAAAGAUCUUACAAUUAACUCUAUUGACAUCCAUUCUAACAAAUCUAUGCCAUUGUUGAAAUACAGAUCUCCAUUGUUUCACAUGUGUCGGCUACCAAGCUUAUUCUCCAUAUAAAGCUGCUGUAGGUGUAUACCGCCCUACUUCCAGAUAAAAACGUAUUGCCCUUUUCUGUAUCGCAUCAAUGCAGGAAAAUGACUUAUUACCCCAAAUAGAAGCACCAUAUGAAAUGACUGGCCAAACCAAUGAAUCACACAAUUUAACAAAGACAUCAUAUGGCAUGGACCCUAAUGCUUUUGAUUUGGCAAUAAGUAACCCCAGUACUCUACCUGCACUUUGAGCUAUACAUUUAGCGGUCUUAUUAUAAUCAAGAAACUCAUCAAGUAACAGACCAAGGUAAGUAUAUUGUCCUACAGUUUUUAGACUAUGCUCGCCACAUGUGAAAACAAAUGAGGACCUGCUCGCCGACUUCGACCUAAAGUGAAUAAUGUUGCUCUUAUCAUGAUUUACUAUCAUAGCAUUUGAUGUACACCAAUUUGACAAAACAUUAAGCAUAAGUUGAAGAUCAUUUUCAGUUUAAGCUACAAGUACAAUAUCAUCAGCAUAUAAUAAUAUGCAAACCCUAUCAUUAUCUAUAUCAAUUCCUUUACCAAUAGCUUUAAUUUUUACAACAAGAUCACAUAUAAAGACAGACAGACAGACAUCCAAUUUAUUUAAAUCAAAUAAAGCUUAUAAGCCCAUGAUGACAUAGUAACAGCAUAUUUACAAGAUAACGAACAGUGCAUAUGUUAACAUACAAAAACAUUAUCACAAUAUAAUUAUGACUUAAAAGGAGAAGGUCAUAAUAACAACUUAUUCGUAAGAACGUAGAAUAAUGCAAAUAUUAAUUUAUGUUUGUCUUACAUUCACGUACUUCAUAUCUAUUAAAAUGAUUGUAUGAAUUAUAUGUUCUGUUCUGGAAAUGUUUAGCUACCCAGAUAAACAUAAUAUAAUUUACCAUAUUAAUCUAUGAAGUAGUGUCACAACAAACAUAAUUAAUGUUCACUACAUUACAUAAUUCAUUAAACUAAAUUAGUUUAUCUACAUAUCUUACCUCAAUAUUGAGGCAAGAGACGUAGAUUAUAUUGUAUAAAUUUCUUUUAUAAUAAUUCCAUAUUAAAUCAGUCUUACCGAAACGAAACUGUUAGUCCGAUAGUAUGACAUGCAAACACAAACAUGAUUAUAUAACAUAUUUGCUGUUUUCUAAUUAGACAAGUGUUUUGGAUAUAUACUAAAGCAAAUAAUAUCAAUACAUUUCUUAUUAAGAAGCUUAUUACAAUAAAAAUAUGUAUGACA